AUGGCCGUGGAGAAGCGCCUGGCGUUCUCUAUUGUGCAGUUCCUACGAGAUCAAACACAUCGCGGAGCUUUGAAUUCGGAUGAGCAGGAGAGCCUGGAAGUUGCGAUCCAGUGUUUGGAGACCACCUUCAAGAUCAGCUCCAGUGACUGUCACCUCGCAGUGCCUCAGCCGCUGACAGAGAUAUUCCUCAACUCCCUGCUCAAGAACGACAACAUCACCAUCCCAGAGACGUCCCCUUCUCCAGAGAACAUAGAGCAAGCGGAGCAGCUAAAGAAUGAAGGGAAUAAUCACAUGAAGGAGGAGAACUACAGAUGUGCGGUGGAGUGCUACACAAAGGCCAUCGAUCUGGACCUGAGAAACGCUGUGUACUACUGCAACAGGGCUGCAGCUCACAGUAAACUGGGAAAUUACACAGACGCCACCGGUGACUGCGAGAGAGCCAUCGGGAUUGAUCCGACCUACAGCAAAGCUUAUGGACGGAUGGGGUUGGCUCUAACUGCAAUGAGCAAGUACCCCGAGGCCAUUACCUUCUUUAAGAAAGCUUUGGUUUUAGACCCCGAGAAUGACACGUACAAAUCCAACCUGAAGAUCGCAGAGCAGAAGCAGAAAGAAGCAACCAGUCCAGUAGCUGCUGGAUUGGGAUUUGACAUGGCGAGUUUAAUCAACAACCCAGCCUUCAUUAGCAUGGCGGCAAGUGUGAUGCAGAACCAGCAAGUGCAACAGCUUAUGUCAGGAAUGAUGACAAACGCAGUCAGGGGUCCUGCAGCGGGAGUGGGGGGACUGUCAGACAUCUCCAGCUUGAUCGAAGCGGGACAACAGUUUGCUCAGCAGAUCCAGCAGCAGAACCCGGAGCUGAUCGAGCAACUGAGGAACCACAUCCGGAGUCGUUCCUUCAGCGGCAGCGCAGAGGAGCACUCAUGAUCCAUUCAGCCUCAUGUUUAUUUUUUUUCCCAAGGAAGGGCAACCAUAAGGCGCGAUUACAAU